UGUUUCGGACUGUUUUCUGCCCUGGCUCUCUGUUUGCUGUGAAAACUGCCCCUGCCGGGUGUGGGGGUGAUUACUGGCGGUGCAUGGGGGGCUCUUUUAGCGGGUUGCUGUGUGAAACGGAUCCGCUAUGAAAGAAGAAAGGCAAGAGGGAGGGAGGGAGGUAAAAGGUCACCAUGGCUCGCGCUGAUCAGGUGACAGAUGUGGCAAAGUCGGGCUGCGUCCGGACUUUUUACACGAAAUUGCACUAAACUUAGAAGAAGAAGAGGAAGGGAGAAAAUGACAGACCAGGGGAAGCAAUACAGCACAGGAGUCGAGCAUGAUGAAGCCCUGUCGUUUGGGUAUUAUGAUGAAGAUGACGAUGAUGAUGGUUUGGAGACGUUUACAGAGGAUGGAGUGUGCGGCUGCGAUGAAGGAGGGUUGGGUUUCCGAGAUCCCUUCUGCAGUGAGGUGAAGCCUCGCAUCCUGCUGAUGGGUUUACGGCGCAGCGGCAAGUCUUCCAUCCAGAAAGUGGUCUUCCACAAGAUGUCCCCCAACGAGACCCUGUUCCUGGAGAGCACCAAUAAGAUCUGCAGAGAGGACGUGUCCAACAGCUCGUUCGUCAGCUUCCAGAUCUGGGACUUUCCUGGUCAGAUCGAUUUCUUCGACCCCACCUUCGACUACGAGAUGAUCUUCCGGGGAACGGGAGCGCUCAUUUUCGUUAUCGACUCGCAGGAUGACUACGUGGAAGCAUUGAGCAGACUCCAUCUCACCGUGACUCGAGCCUACAAGGUCAACCCGGACAUCAACUUCGAGGUGUUCAUCCAUAAAGUGGACGGGUUGUCCGACGAUCACAAGAUCGAGAAGCAAAGAGAUAUACACAAACGCGCCAACGACGACCUGGCGGACGCCGGCUUAGAGAGGAUACAUUUAAGCUUCUACCUGACGAGCAUCUAUGAUCACUCCAUCUUCGAGGCGUUCAGUAAAGUGGUGCAGAAGCUCAUUCCGCAGCUCCCGACGCUGGAGAAUCUACUCAACAUUUUUAUAUCUAAUUCGGGGAUUGAAAAGGCGUUUCUGUUCGACGUGGUCAGUAAGAUCUACAUCGCCACAGACAGCAGUCCGGUGGACAUGCAGACGUACGAGCUGUGCUGUGACAUGAUUGACGUCGUCAUCGAUAUUUCCUGCAUCUAUGGUUUGAGUGAGGACGUAGCCGGUUCGCCGUACGAUAAAGAAUCCAUGGCCAUCAUCCACCUCAACAACACCACAGUGAUGUACCUUAAAGAGGUCACCAAAUUCCUGGCGCUCGUCUGUUUCCUCAGGGAAGAGAGUUUUGAGAGGAAAGGACUCAUCGACUACAACUUCCACUGCUUCAAGAAGGCCAUAGAGGAGGUGUUCGACUUGCGGCUGAAAGUGCAGAGAAACCGUAAACUUCUGAGCCGGAGGAGGUGGAGCGAGCAGAGCGUGCCGAACGGGACACACGUUCAGCACCACUGACGGACGUGACGUGACCGGGUCGAGGAUAAACCGAGCCAAAUUACUCACACCGACUAGAUUCACGACUCUCUUAACGUUUAAUAUUUAAGAUCAGCAGCAAUCGAAAACCACGAGUCUGACAUCCGGUCAUCCGAGUUUUAUUACCAUAAUCGUACUACUACGUUUAUCAGUUCAUUACGUUCAUAGCUGAGAGUUAGAUGUGUGAUAUUAGUUUGCUGACUGUAAUGUGAACGACCCCGUGAGUGGGAAGAGAAGAAUGAUUAUUAUUAUUAAUAUAUAUAUAUACAUAUAUU